UGUCGAUUUUAGACGGACAAAUCACUCUCUGUUACCGCAUUAAUGAUGCAGAAAGUUUGUUAAAAAAAAAAGCAAUUUAGACCUUCGAGAACGCUUUGUAGAUCAAGAGUAUACGUCGCCUAACUGGAUUUGAUAUUAAAUAAGCAGUGGAGUUUGGUAAUAAAUCCCAAUGUUAUUGCUAUUCAUAUUGGUUACAGUAUUUGGAGACUUUCGCCUUCAUGGCACCAAAGCUCAAGGUGGAUCUAUUAAAGCUUUGCGAUCCUCUACUAUACAGAGAGAUGAGAGCAAUCACCUCACAGCAAUUUAUCGGCAAGAAGAUACAAUCAAUGUCGUGAAUAAUGGAUUUAUUCAGAGUCCACGAUUUCCUCUCAACUAUCCAAGGAGUAUUUUAUUGACGUGGAGGUUGCUGUCUCCUGAAAACACAAGGAUACAGUUGGUGUUCGAUACACGUUUUGGACUGGAGGAACCGGAAAAUGAUAUUUGCAGGUAUGACUUUGUAGAGGUGGAAGACAUCUCUGACACAAACCGAAUCAUUCGUGGAAGGUGGUGUGGGAAUAAAGAAGUUCCCCCAAAACUAAUAUCGAAAAGCAAUAGACUGAGGAUAACAUUUAAAUCGGAUGAAUAUUUUGUGGCUAAGCCUGGAUUUCGCAUUUAUUACUCUCCAGUGGAUGUGGACGAUUUACAGCCACAGCCCUCAAAACCAAACUGGGAGGCGGUAACAAGUUCUGUAUCGGGGCCAUUAUGGCAUGGCUCAGCAUCUACUGCCUCACCACUGACUGUGGAGUCCUUGGAUGAGGCAAUUGCUGGAUUUGAGACAAUAGAAGAGCUUCUGAGGCAUUUAGAUCCAGAAUUCUGGGAAGAAGACUUGAACAAUAUCUUUCAAGCAACAACUGGGUUUCGUGGCAGAACCUUUCACCAUCAACGGAAAACCAAAGCUGACCUGAACAGAAUGAAUAAUGAUGUUAAACGCUACAGCUGUACUCCACGAAACUACUCCGUUAACCUUCGAGAAGAGCUUAAGCAGACGAAUGCAGUCUUCUUCCCUCGGUGCCUCCUUGUUCAACGUUGCGGGGGAAACUGUGCCUGUGGUACUGAACACUGGCGAUCCUGCAACUGCAUGCCAGCCAAAAGCAUUAUGAAAUAUCAUGAGGUGUUGAGAUUUAUUCCUGAACCGGGUCAACCACGCAGGAGGGGCAGAAACAAGAACAUGGGCCUUGUCAACAUCCAAUUGGAGCAUCAUGAACGCUGUGACUGCAUCUGCAGUUCCAGGCCACCCCGAUAAAUUAAGAACUGGAUUGCUGAUAGAGGCUGUUGAGGACCUUUAUUUUUAACAAAAUUGCAUUUGUGUACAGAUAAUCGCUGGCAGAUGCUGUUUUCCAACAUUACAGAAAGUAAUUAACUGCUGUGCUUGAAUAUAUUCUUUAAUUAGCAUUGUGUCAGCCAGACUUUCAUCAUAAUGCCUUGCUUAUUGUAGUCAAAACAUUAUAAAACUGGGUUUUAUUAAUUCAACCAGCUUUUAUGCAAAGACAAUCUUCAACUUUUUUUUCUAAUGUUCAGAAUGUCAUCUCAAUCAGUUUAUUGGAUUGAAGUCUGAGAGCAUGUCAAUCAUAAAGCAAUGUUUUUGGAGACAGUUGAAGAAGGAAGUUAACCACAGAUAUGGCUUUUCUAUUUUCAGAAGCACCUUGAACGUUUCACAUUUUAACAACUAUUUCAGAUUAAAUGUGAAACUGCUUUAAGCAAAGCGCUUUUGUAAGUCUACUUAGAGUUAAAAUGUUUCUCAGGCAAUGUUUGUUAAUGCUUGGAUUUCUUUCAAUUACUUUUAUCACUGAACAUGUAAAUGAUAUUUAAAUGCUUUUCUUCCAAUCCUUUGCAAGUCUACUGAAAUAUAAUGCAAGUUUUUCAUUUAUUUUUGGCCAAAGAAACUAAUCCUUUGUUAUUGUUUGUUACAUUAUUUUUGUUUCAUUUUGUAAUACAUAGUGUUACACAUGAUGAUUAAUCUCCACAAUCAUCUUCUUAAAAGGUAAAGCCUGUUUCUUUAAAUGAAGGAUGGUUUAAUUAAAGUACUAGCAAUGUACCAUGGUUCAAAGAGGCCUGAUUGUAAGACAUACUUUGAUCUUCCAGCUUUUUUAAAAUAAGAACAAUAUCCAUCAGUUGAAAGUCCGAAUGCAAAUUGGCUCAACAGAUUAGAUUCUGAUGGGGCUAAUAACUAUAUGAAACAAUGCUUGAAGUGAAAUGUUUUAAAUUGAAAUCAUUCAGUUUCAUUCCAUUAUAAGAAAAUAUAAUUGGUCUGAUAUUUUCUAUUCUCAUUUAUAAUUACAGUAGUCUUCAAGUAAUGGGUAUCCAAAUCAAUGAUUGUCAAUUAAAGGCACCAAGUCUUUGUGUCUCACCUGUUCAACUCAAAUCUUAGUCUGAGGGAAGAUGACAAUUACUUUAGCAACUUUAUAUGUCUAUGGUCAGUACUUACAUCCAUUUUAAUGAUUGCAUAUACAAUAGGGAACGGUUAUGCCAUUUUGUGCCCACAACAAAAAUCACUUGUCAUUGUUAAUGCCAAUUGCCUUUGAGUCAUACUAUGUGGAGAAGCUAAGCAAAGUUUUUUUUUAUAAAAAGGAUAUUUCCUUCUGGCAGUGACAGUCUUCAAUAGACUAUCAUAUUUGAAAAUCCUGUAAAAUUCAAAGACUCAGAAAUGACUCCAUUAUAAGUGAAUUUAAAACAUAUUGAACUUUUACUGUGCCAUUUAGAAUCAUGCAAGGCUUUUAGAAUUAAUGGUGAAGAAUUUUGUUCAAUUUGAGCACCAUAAUUACAAAUUAGUUGGUUAAUGGAGUCAGUUGCACAGGAGGAGUUCACGUGCCAGCUUAUUGCCUGCUUAAGAUCAUGUACCUGUAAAGCUCUCUGCACCUUAUAAAUUAAUGCAAUAUUAUCUUUCAAAUUCAUAUCCCAAAGCACCUUUUUUUUGAGAUUUUCAGUCAUCUUCAGAUUUAGAAGUUAAGAAAUAAGGAACAAAAAGUGAUUUUCUUAAGAUGAUAUUUGUUUUUUCUUAAGAUUAGACAUUUUUGGUUUCCUAUGGGUUGUUUAGUAAUUUGCUGUGCUACAAUAUUCUUUCAGUACUGCAAGGAUUAAUAGCCUUUAGAAAAAUUCUGCAGGGUCCUGGGAUAUUGAUGUUGCUCUUGUGUAAUAAGAACACAAUUUCCUAAAGUGCAGUUCUUAUACUUUAAUACAACUUAUUUUUAAAUAUAUAUAUAGCAUUUCAAACAGCUUACUUUGAUUUUUUUUUGUAUGUAUUAUUAUGAUUAGAAUUAUGAUGUGCUCUUUGUCUUGAUGGAAUGUAAAGAUUGCUUGAGAAAGGGAAUUGUAGAGGAUUAUUUUUUGUUAUAAAAUAAACUAAAAUUUUCAACUUUA